UGCAGCCGCCCAAGGGCAAAUUGGCAUUGUUCUGGGACGAUUGAUUAGACGUGUCCAGCCCUCAUUAAUGGAUGACCGAGGCCGGAUUUGAGAAGUAGUCGUGACGAUGAAAUAGGAUAAAGAGGCACGGAGAGAGAGAAAAUAGCGCCAAAAUCUGUCCCGCCCAGAUACUGAUUUGUUCAUGACCAAAAUUCUUCCGACGUUGUUAAUCUUUCGGAGCUGUGAGGUCUUUUUUGGCAUAAUUUCAUAAAGUUCUCUUUGAAGAAUUGUAAGGACAUAAGUGGGCUGCUGGUCCUGUUAGGGCUGGCUUCAUUUGUUCAAUCACGGCUCUAAAAAGAGAAACACGUAUUAAGACUAGACGGGGAAAAUCAUGUGCACAAGCAUUUCCUAAGUUUUUGAUUGCAUCCCCUUCAUUUCACGGUGGUCGUGGUGCCCUACCUUCAGCAGGUGGGCAUCCAGCAGAUCUUACCUUCCUUGCUGGUGGUGGGUACUGACACAAGCAUCUGAGCAAUCUGACCUUCCUUGACUUGGAGGGUGCUGGAACAGCAAUUUGAAUACAGUAUUUAAUUUUAUUGUGGAUUUGAAAAUUACUCUGUUUAAGCAUGGUUACAGUCAAGCCAAUUGCUGAUAACAAUUUACUGUUGAGAUGUGCAACUGAACAGUUGGGUUGUCCUCAUUUCUGCUCUCAAGGCAUCAAAAUUCCCAUUUAUUGCUUUGGCACCAAAUAUCUCAUUGACAAUAGCUUGUUUGGGGGAGUUUCACACAUGUCUGAAGAAGAGCAAAGUCUAUUGGAUUCUCUUCUCCUUGCACAGUGGGAAGAGAGAAUGUGGAAAGGUCAUUUCAAAUAUGACAUUACUGCCUCUGAGAUUAAGGUUAUUAGGGGUAGAAGAAAGUUUCUUGCUCAGUUAAAUAGUGACCGGAGUAUGGAUGGUUUACAAGACCUUAAGAAGCAUAAAAUGUGCCAUCAAGAGGACGUGCUUGUGUUUGAGCAGACCAAGCACUGUGAAGAAUUACUGUUUUGCAUUACAAAUGGUGACAAGGCAGACUCUGAGCUUAUUCCUUCAGCUGCUGUGCCUAAUGAUGCAAUCUUGAUUGUUAUCAAUGUAAACCCAAUUGAAUAUGGCCAUGUCUUCCUGGUACCUCAUGCCUUCGACAGACUUGACCAGGUCCUGGAUGCAAGAUUCUUGGAAAUGGUUGUGAGGGUUGCUGUUGAGAUAAAUAAUUGUUCUUUCCGUUUAUUCUACAAUUGUCCCCGACAUUCACGUGUCUAUUUCCAGGCCUGCUACUUUCCAGAUCUUUUACCAGUGGAGCACAUGCCUGUUGAUAUCUUAUUUGAUGCCGGACAAAAAGGAAUUCACAUCUCUACUGUCAUAGAUUACCCUAUCAAAACCCUCCUCUUUGCGAGUAACUGCAAUUUUAAGAUCAUGGUGGAGGUUCUUGCUGAGACAUGUUCUUGUUUACUCGACAAGGACAUCCCUUAUAACCUGAUGAUAUCAGAUUGUGGCAAAAAGGUUUUUUUGUUUCUUCAGGCCCAAACACUUUCAACCCCCUGCAACCUUUCAGCAUGGGAGUGUGGAGGCUAUUUCUUGUUCAAGUCUAGGCAGGAAUUUGACGAAGCUACAGAGGCAGUCUUGCUUAAACGUCUAAGCACCGUCUCACUUGAUGAUGAAGGCUUUGCAACAGUUAAACAGUCGUGUUGCAGGAUUGCGUGUAAGAUUGCUUUUUGAACUUUGAUUAUCUGAUAUUGGGUAGCAAUUAUCCCAAUGUACCAUUCCAUGUUGCCUGUGCUUGGGAACCAAGACUAGAACGUCGUUGGUUGGUUCCUGCUAGUUGGGGACGUUGUUGUCCAUGACCAGAGCUUGUCCCAGGUAGUUCUUGGGUACUCUUGUUUUCUGUGUCCAGUGCAUUUUAUCCAUUCAUGUGGAUUACCCUGCGUUUCAUGAUUGUUCUGUGGCUGGAACUUAAAAUGUAGUGAAAUGAAAAAGUCAAAAGCCAUUUAAUUCA